ACAGGCAUCGUCACUCUCGGCCUCGUCAUGCUCUCUCUCCACACACCGGACGACGUUGCUCCCGUACCUACAACACCACCGCGACAUGCUGUCCCGGUGGAAGCGUCGGCAAAUGUCCCGGCGGACACAGAUGGGAUAAUCACCCCCACACCCUCGGCUCGCCCUCCGCCCGUCAAGCCCGACAAGAUGACCAUCGGGGACGACGCUGACGUCGCCCACGGUGGAGAGACGGCCUCGACCAAUGUCCACAUCUUCUACUACCCGUGGUACGCAGAGCCGGAGACCGACGGCAAGUGGGAGCACUGGAACCACGAGUACCUGCCGCACUGGACCGACGCCACCAACGCCCGCUUCCCGGAAAUCGGCUCGCGCCACGCGCCGCCUCACGACAUCGGCGCCUCGUUCUACCCGCUCCUCGGCCCCACCAUCGCUCAGCACUUUGCAUGGCUCCUUGACGCAGGCGUCGGUGUCGUCGUCGUCUCCUGGCACGGCACAUCCGGCGCCGAUGGCGAGGGCGUCGGCUCCCAUCCGCGCCUCCCGCUCAUAUUUGACGUCGCUGAGGCCACCGGUAUGGCCAUCGCCCUCCACCUCGAGCCGUACAAGGGCCGCUCGGCAGACUCGCUCGCCGCCGACCUCGCUUACAUCGCCGCCACAUGGGGCGACUCACCGGCUCUCUUCCGGGAUCCGGCAUCUGGUCUGCCCAUGCACUACGUCUACGACUCGUACCUCUUGCCCGCCGCCGACUGGGCCCGCCUCCUCACCCCAGCCGGCGAUCUCUCCGUCCGCAAGACACCCGCCGACGCCAUCUUUCUCUCGCUCUACCUCGACCGCUCCUCCGAGCCCUUUGUCACCACUGCAGGCUUUGAUGGCAUUUACACCUACUUUGCCUCCAAUGGCUUUACCGACGGAUCGCGCUCGUCGGCCUGGCCGCGUCUCGCCGCAUGGGCCGCCUCCCACUCGCUCCUCUUCGUCCCCUCCAUCGGUCCGGGCUACGACGACGUCCAGGUCCGCCCCUGGAACGCCGCAAACACAAAGGCCCGCUCUGCCGGUGCCUACUACUCGGCCUACUUUGACGACGCCAACGCCAUCUCUCCGCACCUUGCCUACCUCUCCAUCACCUCGUUCAACGAGUGGCACGAGGGCACCCACAUCGAGCCCUCGGUCGCUCAGCGCAGAUCGCCCGACGACCCAUCCUCGGCCUACGCCACCUUUACCAACGCUGACGGCGAUGACGAUCCCUUCAUGUACCUGGCUCUCACUGCCGACUUUGUUCACAAGUGGCUUGCCGCGCUCGCCGCGUACUAGCGCAUCCGCACACAUGCCUAUCGUCGCCUCGCCGCUCGGCUUGAUGCCGCUGCACGUGCCAUCUCCCGCCGCCGUGCCGCCUCGCUCCGUGC